AUGCUGGGCAAAUACAACACAAAAGCAUUCAUAUCGCUUGGAUUGACAUUCUUAUUGAUGUGGAUUAGUGAGGCCACGGACACCCACAUGAACUACAACUACAACUAUAACUACACAACGAAGCCCCGAGUGGUUCUUCCGCCUAAUUAUGUCAAGGAAAUGCGCCCACCUUCUAGGAAGGGCUCCCCAGUGAUAGUAGAUUUUAGCAUAUUUGUUGUAGAUAUUAACUCAAUCAAUGUAGAGGAUAUGGACUUUAGAGUUGACAUGUUUAUACAUCAACGUUGGAUGGAAUCCCGACUGGAAAUAUCUGAUGACAUAUUCGAAGAGGGAGACGACUAUGUCACACUACUUCCAGAAUUUUUCGACAAUCUCUGGCAGCCGGAUCCGUAUUUUCUUAAUUCGAAAAUUGCCGAAAUAGCUACCCUGACGCACAAGUUCACAUCGGUGACGCUCUAUAAGAAUAAGACGGUCCGAUAUGCGGCUCGGAUGCAUGCGAUAAUUGCCUGCCAGAUGGAGUUCCAGCUUUAUCCAAUGGAUAUCCAAGUGUGUCCUAUAUAUAUUGAGAGUUUUUCGUCCAAUAACCAGAAGGUGAAGCUACGUUGGUCCGAUUCGGGAGUAACGCUCAAUCCAGAAUUAAAGCUGCUGCAAUACAAUCUCGGCCAGCCAUUGGAGCUGGAGGAGAGUGAUGGUUAUAUGCCCGAGAAGGUGGGAAAUUUCUCCCGUCUCACCGUCUAUUUUCGAUUCGAGCGACAAAUCGGACAUCAUCUGAUACAGACAUUUGCCCCAUCCUCGCUGGUGGUCAUGUUGUCGUGGUUCAGCUUUUGGCUCGGCCUGGAUGCCAUCCCUGGACGGGUUACACUCCUGGUCACCUGCAUGCUAACCCUAGUGACAAUGUUCACGGGUCUUCGGGCGGACAUACCACCCGUUGCGUAUGUUAAGGCGCUUGACCUAUGGAUGGCCGGAUGUAUGGUGUCCGUGUUCGCUGCCUUGGCCGAAUUUGUCGUCGUCAAAGUGUUGGACGUGCAGUACCAGUACCAGGUAAACCGAAUACCAAAGGUACUGCCCAUGCGCAUAAGCAAUAUGGAGAAAGGUCAAUGUGCAACUGUGGCGAGCUGGGAGGGCGGGGCCGUUCGGUCACGAAAGGCCACACAAACUCCAACGACGCCGGGCCAGACAUCCCUGCAGGGCAACGGAGGACCGCCGAAGCCUGCCCGUCGUCAGAGUCUUCUGUCCGUGGCUUGGACGGACACGGAUACGGGAGUUGAAAAGAUCAUGUGGCGAGAGAUUGAUAAAGUAUCGCGAGCCGUCUUUCCCAUACUUUUCUUUGUCUUUGUGCUCCUCUAUUGGCCCAUAUUGCUGAUGAAGUCAUCCUAGGAUUUGGGGAGUUCCAGAAAUCACAUUUCUGGACUCCGUUAAAAAAA